AUGCCUUACGAAUUCUGCCAAGUAUGUAAACGCAAUAACGGUGAAGGCAGACGACACUUUUACACGAAAAGUCACCAGGAACGAUUGAAAAAAGUCUUGGAAGAUCAACAGAGUAAUUAUCGCAAAUACAAAAUAUUCUUAAGGGAUUUAACUCUAGUGCAAGACAUUAAUAAACAACCAGACUUUGCCUGCUUGUUUUGUGAAGUUGAAGUGAAGCCGAAACCUAUCGUUAGUGCUGAAACUGAACUUGGUAAUGUUGACGAAUCGCAAUUUGUUUGCAUUCAUAUUUUCGAGCAUUUGGCCACAAAACAACACCACAUGAACGUUAACGAAUGGUUCAAAAAAAAUAAUGUAGAUCGUAAAUUGAUUGGCGAGUUUAUGUUAAAGAAAGCAAAUAUGGAUCAGUUCCAAAAAUUAAUGCGAGCAAAACAAUCAGAAAUCACUCAGCAAGAGAAAGAAAAAACUGCAAGAUUGGAUAGGAAACGUAAAUUAACAAAUGAAAGCUUAAUGUCGACUAGUAACAAUUCAUUUAAUCACAACAAUAUUAACAUUAGUCUCGCUAGUAAUGAGUUGAAUCACAAUGAUAAUAUCGGUCAAAAUAAUGGGAUUUUUAACGAUCACUAUAUGGGAUUUCAGGAGGGAAAUUAUGUUAAUAAUAAAAUUGUCUUUACGACGCCUUUCACUGCGACUUUUCCUAUUUCUUCAACCACAAAUGGAAGUAAAAAUAAAACUGAGGUUAUCGAUUAUCAGCAAGACUAUGAUAUAAAUAGUGAUAGUGAGGAUGAAAUUGAAAGAAAAGCAAAAAAACCUCGAAUUGCUGAUAAUUUUUUUGCUGCCAAUUUGACACGGAUAAAGGUUCCUCCUUUGAAACCCGGUGAGGGUAAUGUAUUCAUGGAAGGAAGCAUACCUCCCUGGAUGCAAGAUAAUAAAAGUAAUAGUAAGAAUGUGCCAUCUUCAUCUUUGUCGUCUAUUACCAGCCAUCCGCCACUACCAGAAAUCGGACCAUCAUUAGAUGCAUUUUUAAAAGCACAAAAAGCCGAGAAAAAAGCAAAACUUAAUCCUAAUCGUGUUGGCGCUGAUUUUGAUCGAGCAUCUAGCUCUGCAGAUAAAGAAUGGGUUCCGAAUUUCGGUCGUGUAUGGAACUCUGGGACGCGUAGACAAUCACGAAAGCAGUUUCAUCGCGAAUCUCGCCGUUGA